GGGCGGCAGGGCCAGGCAGAGAGACGACUGUGGAGCUCCCAUUCCAUGCUGCUGUUCGGCUCGACGGCGGAGCAGGUGCCCGGCCAGCUGCAUCUGGAUCCAGGUCAGCUGUUCUGCAGUCGCUCUACUUUGAUUCACUGGACGAGCAGCCUCUCCUAGGCACCACGUCACUUUGGACAUUCUGGCUGAAGCUCAGCCUGAGGCCCAGCCUGGCUCUGCAGGUCCGUUCCUGCUGCCCUGCCCUCUCUGCACACACCUGACCUUGGCCUUGGAGGCCAUCCCGCCUCUGGUCUCGCCCACUGGCCGGGCAGCAUGGAUGAUGGGCCCGUGAGAGGCAGCUCCCGCUUGCUUCGCCUCGCCUUCCCAUGGAGCCCGUCGCUCUCUCCUCGUGGAGCCCCUCCCACGCUGGCCCCCAGCACCCCACAUUCCCACCCCCCAAUGCGUCAGGGGCUGUGGAGCCUCAGGGAGGGGCUCUCGCCCAGUCCUUAGCCCUCUUUGCCAUGCUCCUCAUGGACCUGCUAGCCGUGGUGGGCAAUGUGGCCGUCAUGGUGGUCAUCGUCAAGACGCCACAGCUGCGCAAGUUUGCUUUCGUGUUCCACCUGUGCUUGGUGGACCUGCUGGCUGCGCUGGUCCUGAUGCCCCUGGGCAUGCUCUCGGACCGGGCCUUUGCCAGUGAGGCCCUCUGCCGGAGUUACCUCUGCCUGAGCGUGUGCCUGGUGAGCGCCGCCAUUCUCUCCAUCUCUGCCAUCAACGUCGAGCGUUACUACUACGUGGUGCACCCCAUGCGCUACGAGGUGAAGAUGACGCUCGGGCUGGUGGCCUCAGUGCUGGUGGGCAUCUGGAUCAAAGCCAUCGUAAUGUCAGCCCUCCCCCUGUUGGGUUGGGCCUUCCAGGGCCCUGGGAUGGCCCUGUCGCCCACCUCAGCUCCAUCUCCCAGCCGCGUGCACUGCUCCCUGCAUUGGACCGGCGGUUCCAACCGCACCAUCUUCAUGGUCCUCUUCACUCUGCUCUACUUCCUGUGCCCGGUGCUCAUCAUCCUGGUGGUGUACUGCAACAUGUUCAAGGUGGCACGGGUGGCUGCCAUGCAGCAUGGGCCGCUGCCCACCUGGGUGGACACGCCACGGCAGCGCUCCGAGUCGCUUAGCAGCCGCUCCACCAUGGUGGCGAGCUCUGGGGGUCCAGCGGGGCCCCGCAACACCCCGCAGAGGACCUUCAGCGGCGGCAAAGCGGCCGUGGUGCUGCUGGCUGUGGGCGGCCAGUUCCUCUGCUGCUGGCUGCCCUACUUUUCCUUCCACUUGUACUCUGGGCUGGCAUCUGCCCCACCGGCUUCACUAGCCCAAUUAGAAGAGGUGGUCACCUGGAUCGGCUACUUCUGCUUCACCUCAAACCCAUUCUUCUAUGGCUGCCUGAACCGGCAGAUCCGGCAGGAGCUUGGCAAGCACCUUGCCUGCCUCUUCAAACACGGAGGCCCUGGCGAGGAGGAUGGCCUGCCCAGCCGGGAGGCCUCCAUCGAGGAGAACUUCUUGCAGUUCCUCCAAAGCACGGGCUGCGGGCAGGAAGACCACGGCUCCCUUGGCACAUCCAGCCCUAAGGUGGAGAACUGGCGGGCCUCGGCACCUGCGGACCGCGAGCCAGCGGCACAGGAGCCCACGCCUGUUGACUUCCGCAUCCCGGGCCAGAUUGUGGAAGAGACCUCUGAGUUUAUGGAGCACCACAACCUGAACAGCGACCUCAUCCUCUCAGACAGCUGCAUCAGGACAAUGCCGCCUGCUAAACGAGAGUUGUGAGGGUGGCUUGGCUGCCUCAGGGUAGCUUUAAACAAAUUAACAGGAUAAGAGAGAAUUUUGGAUUUACCAAAUACUUUGGCUUCUACCUUCCUAGUUAAUAUAUUGACAGAGCUGCAGUGGCAAAUGGUUAUCAGAGAUACUUCUGUGGUUCAGGGUACAUAGUUUCUCAAACACCUUUAUAGUUCGGUGCAAUACAAUAGGGGGGUGAUUGCCGUUCUGGUUGGGCUCUACUUGUGUUCGACUUCAAAGGCAGAGUCAGGGGCACAUGAUGGCAAACGUGUGCGAUGUGUGUGUGCUUCACAGCCAGGCCAUAGAGGAGGCUCUAAAGGGAAUGAUGGCCAAAUGAUGAUUGGUGCCCCCUGCUGGCAGGUAUAGUCUUGUAAUUUAAAAUUUUUUUUUGGCACUCUCCCACCGGGCCUCGAGCCGUCCGAGGAUGAGCGCGUGAAGGUCCAUCUAUUUGCACUCGACAAUCCAGGCAAGCUUUAGCACGUUAUACAGUGCAGAACCCGGGCUUAUGACCGAUGCCUGCGCUGCAAACCUCACCCCUUCUAGACAAUCAACCGUGCAAAUUGUAACUAAACUACAGGCUACAGGAGCCUAACAUUUUACAGCAUUGUUCAUGUUUUUGUUCUGUGUUAUGGACACAUGGUAAGAAUGGUAUUUCUCAACAGAAGUAGUGUUACUGCUCUUGUCGGUGUCCAGUUUCACCUCAAGGCUUUGACUUCCCCUCACAAAGUGCUGCCCUUCAUAAAUAAUAUCUGGCUCUUGUAAUAUAGACCAAGAAAAGUCUCCCCUGCAUAUAACGACCUGGAAGAGCCACUAAGAGAGCAGUACUGUAAGGGCGACACGGCCUGCAGCUGCUGAGGCUCUUUGCCGUGACGAUGAUUAGUCACUUCUGAUCCUCUGUCCCAUCAUUUCAAGGUAGAAAUUGACUUUGUGUGUGUGUUGCUCUCAGGAGUCUGGAAGAAAGUGUGCUUAAGUACUGUUUGCUAAUUAAAAUGUUUAUCAUCAGCAGACUUAUUUAAGGAUUCUGA